AUGGCAAAUGCGGCUGCUAUUGUUAUGGCACUAUCGUUGCUCAUAAAUGACGUGACGUUUCUCCAUAGACCAUCCCUAUUAGACAAUAAACAUUUCUCGACGCAAAUUGUUUACAUUCUCAGUGUAUGCUUACUCCUUCAUGCGAUGCCUAUUCUACCGAAAUGUGUUUGGAGAAGGUACACAACAGUCUGUUUCUUGAUAGAGAUUGCCAUAUCAUUGGCUGUUCUAGAAUGUUCUCUAGUGCACGCGUGGAAUUAUCUCGAACACUACAUGCUGUCUCACGCCGAUGACCUCCUGCUGGAAUUGACCAACACACCGGACCUCGAAUGGCUGGUCUGUCAAUUCUGUAGUGGCAAAAGCGACUGCUCGGAAACCUUCGGGUACCUGUUAUUGAAGAUGCUGAGUUUCUUGCUACUGCUCACCCCCAGGUUCCGCUCCAACUGGUUUCGCCUAGUAGUGGCUGAAGGGUAUCCAUUCAGGGUCGGCCUGUGGUGCAAGAAGGAUGAGGGUGACAAGUGGUGGUUGCUAAAAGUAGAGCUCUCCCUGAGUUGUGAGGAGUGUCGGUAUAGCGAUGUGCUAUCCACCAUACUCUCCGCAGCUGAAACUUGGGUCAAGCUGAAGCAUCCGCUUGAUUGCAUCUUCAUCGAGUUCUCU